AUCAACCCAAAAGAGCAAUGGUUCAAAAAGAGCCAAGUAUUGGAAAAAUGAAGGUGAGAGGAGGGAGGCUGCUUUUGUUUGCAACUCAAAUACUUUGUGCCUUUUUUCUUUUUCAUUUGCUUUACAUUGAACUAUUCACCUUUAAGGUUACCUCUUCUAAACAAAUAAAACUCACAGGGAGGCAAAUUUUAUCAGAAUGGAAGGUUGAUUUGAGCACUGUGGUUAAGAAGGAUAAUGAUCAACUUCAAUCUAUGCAAUAUCUUUUAACAAGACUACUUGGAGGUGAUGAUCGAGCCAACCUCAAUUCUAUAGGAUUUGCCUGUGACAACACUUCAUGGUCGUUAGUUUGUGUCACAAACAACCCAGUCCAAAUCGACAUGACCAAAAUGACAAUUCAUCUUUAUCAACAAACAACCAAAAACAUCACCACCAUUGUUCGACCAUAUUCUAUGCAAGAAAAUCCUUAUGUAAUGAACGACAUUACUCCGGUAACCAUAACUACCACACAACCGACAAAACCAACUUGUGAUCAUAACCACCAACACCCCGCCGUGAUCUUCUCAUCCGGCGGAUACACAGGAAACGUAUUCCACGAAUUCAACGAAAACCUCAUACCUUUAUUCAUCACUUCUCGUCUUUUUAAAUCUCGUGUACAUUUUAUAGUUGUCGACUAUAAACCUUCUUUCAUUAAAAAAUACAACAAAGUAUUUUCGCAAUUAUCUGAUCACGAAAUCAUCAAUCCAUUAUCAAUAAAUUCAACCGUACUUCAUUGUUUUCCUGGAGUCGUAACCGGUUUAAAGUUUCAUAAAUUUUUAGGCAUGGACACGUCCAAAAAUCCACAAAAUUACUAUUCAAUGCCCGAUUUUAGAGACUUUAUUAGAAAAACAUAUAAGUUAGGAUACAAAAGCGUUUUCGACACACCAAAACCACCAAAGUUGCUUCUAAUAUCGCGAAAAACGACACGAAAAUUUUUAAACCAAGAAGAAAUGGUGAAGAUGAUGGAAGAAUUAGGAUUCGAAGUGAUUAUCGCAAGUUCAGCUAAAGAAAUGUCGGAUAUUGAGAAAUUUUCGCACGUGAUAAACUCGUGCAGUGUUAUGGUUGGGGCCCAUGGGGCUGGGCUAGCUAAUGAAAUAUUUUUGCCAGAUGGGGCUGUAAUGAUACAAGUGAGACCAUUGGGCUUUCAAUGGGAUGUUGAUUCAUUUUAUAGUGAACCCGGCCCAGAAAUGGGUUUAAAAUACUUGGAAUACAUGAUGGAACCAAAUGAGAGCUCGUUGGUCGACUUGUAUGGUCUCGAUCAUCCGAUUCUUCAAGAUACUGCGUCCGUGGCAGCCGAAGGAGGAUACGACGCUGCACGAAAAAUGUACUUAGAUAAACAAGAUUAUAGGUUAGAUUUGAAUAGAUUUAGAGAAACUCUUGUUGAAGCUUUGAGGCUUGUGGAACGUCUUAUGAAUGUUGCUAACGCUUGAUGAUUUUGGUUUUUCUUUAGUAAAGGUAAAAUACAUACACAUUUAUAUGUAUAGGUCAAAUAUAUAUGGUCAUGUUAAAUGUUUGAUAAUAUUUUGUUUUGCAUU